AUGCCUCAUACAACAUCGUCACCAGAGGAACUGGACCCGGGCUCGUCAACGCCAGGGAACAGCCAAACCGGAGGGAACCCGCUUACACCGCCAAUCCCCCAGCACAUCCUGUCCUUCUUGGAUCACUCCACUUGGGGAGACCUCGCGGCCAUCGACGAGAUCGAGGAGCCCACGCCCAAGCAGAUGAACUCCCACAUCUAUUUCCUCAUGGAAAUUUUCUGGGCUUCUACGAGCUACGCAGGACGAAAGCUCUGGGGCGCAUUCAAGGACGAAUUCGACGAAUGGACCGCCCAACGAUGGGACAUGGUUCCCGACCGUACCCGAAAGCACCUCCGCGCCUUCCUGAGCACCAACGGCGUGUAUGUCGACAAUACCAACACCCCCCUACCAGCAAAGUUCGAAGCCAUCGCCAAGAGAACGACUUUCCGCACCUGGUCCAUCGAAGAGAUCAACACUGCGAGGGUCCACAGUACGAUGCACCAGGAGUUACUGGAAAACCCCAAGUUCAUCCAAAGCAUCCAGGAUCUCUCCCAAUUGACGCCAACGACCCCGACAGCCCCAGCAACCGCCUCACCGGUCCUAGCGACCAUCCCGACACAACCACAGGCCUCUCAGCAAAUCCCACAAGCAAUCCCGGCGCCACGACAACAAAACCCCAUUCCCCAGACGGCACCGAAACGGGAAGCAGAUUGGGAAACAACCUCGGAAACUAGACAAGACCCCCAGACCUGGCCCCGCCCGUCCGAGGAACCGUACUACGCACCGCGAGGAAAUGCUAAACACCUCGCAGAUUUAGCCAAGUUGUACAGCGACGACAUGAAGUACGGCGGCGGAGACUACGACAUUCUCGACACAAAAAUGGCGAUUUUCCGAGAUUUGUGUAAUCGAAUCCAAAUUCCAAGAUGGCAAGCCAGUGACGCUUUUCCGAUCAUGCUCAAGGACCGAGCCUUACGAUACUAUUACGACUGGCUUUGCAGCGGCCCCCGGGACUUCGAUACCAUGGUAGCCAAGAUCAGAGGAUACUUCGAGAACGAAGAGCAGCGGCACCGGUAUCUGGCAGCAUGGCGCGACGCCAGAUUAAUCAACAUGCAGGCCGAGCACCCCGACAAGUCCAAAUCCGAGUGCCUGGAACUUCUGAUCAACAGGCUUGCCCUGAUUCAACGCGCAGUACCGGCAAUUGGCCAGACAGAGGAUACACUGCGCAUGCAACUCUUGAACGCAUGCCGUGGUGUUGCCGAGGCCAGGAUGGCCCUCUUCAACCCGGCGCCAACCUUCGAAGGCGUCCGCAACCAGCUGCAAGCGGCGAUUGGAAUCACCACCGAAAAUCCCGGACCUCAACAGUUCAACACCGACGCCACUGACUCGGAGACGUUCUGGACGGACAGGACGUACAGAGGAUCCGGCAGAGAAUCUAGAUUUGGUCGCAACCAAGGAGGACCACGCCGAGGAGGAUUCAGCAACUCCAAAUUCAGUCGACCCCCCACCGAGAGGAAGUGCUUCGUGUGCGGCAAACCCGGCUGCUGGUCAACAACUCACCCAAUCGAAGACAGGAAGAAGUCCUACGAAAGGUUCAAGGCUGACAAGGACGCACGCGACGGGUCAAUAGCAGCCUUUGCCCAGUUUAUCUACUGGCAUGAGGGAUCUGAACUCGAAGCCGAUUACGAAGAUAACCCCGUCAGCCAAUUCUUCCAAAAAUACGACGAUCACGACGACGAUACUAUCGACAACAGAGGAAAAUUCCACAGCACCUUCUUCAACGAUUCCGCACCUGCAGAUGCGAUUCAGGUUACGACACUCCUGGCAAACGCGGCCACCCACCACUUCCUAACGAAGGAAGACCCCUUUCAAGAGCAGGACCCCUCGGAGACUUACACCGCCGAGGGCCGGUAUUCUGCAACAACUUUCAGGGGUAUCAUGCCCGACUCCGGAGCCGCACAAUUCUCAACAGCCGGCCAACCGCAAUUCCAGGCCCUGCAACGUCAACUCCCUUCAGCUACCCUGGACACAACAAGGGCCGGAGAAGCCAUCGUCAAAUUCGGCUAUGGGACACCUAAGGCCUCCCUGGGAACAACAACAGUGCCCACACCCCUGGGAACGAUCGAUUUCCACGUGAUGGAAACGGAGACCCCUUUCCUACUUUGCCUCAGGGAUAUGGACAGACUCGGCAUCAAGUUCGACAACUUGAGGAACCUCCUACAACGAGGAGACGUCGAGGUUCCCGUUACACGGAAAUGGGGACAUCCCUGGCUUCAACUAACCCAGGAGGAAGCUCUGGUGUGCAGUUAUCUCACCGACGGUGAACUGCGGCGACUACAUCGACGAUUCGGACACCCCUCUGUUGCGCGCCUUUACAAGCUCCUCAAGACUGCAGGACACCCAGUGGAGAUCCAAGCCCUGGAGCUCAUCGCCAAAGUGUGCCACCACUGCCAAAUGCACUCCGCACGCCCAGCUCGCUUCAAAUUCACCCUUCACGAUGAUUGCGAGUUCAACUACGAGGUCAUCAUGGAUAUCUUCUACGUGGAGGGCAACAAACCAGUUCUACACCUCGUCGACGCGGCCACAGCUUUCAACGCCGCGCGUUUCCUUCCAGACGUAUCAACAAAGUACGUGUGGGAAGCAUUGCGCCUUUGCUGGAUUGACGUGUACCAAGGACCCCCUGACUACGUCGUUACCGAUGCAGGGAAGCAAUUCGCUUCCACAGAGUUCCGCCAGAACGCCAAGGAGAUGGCGAUUACCGUCAAGGAAGUCCCGAUCGAAGCCCAUAACAGCAUCGGCAAGGUAGAACGGUACCAUGCACCUGUACGACGUGCGUACGAAAUCCUACGCAAAGAGGACCCCUCUGCAAGCCCAGAACUGUCUCUGCAAAUGGCUGUCAAGGCUGUGAACGACACUGCAGGUCCCAACGGACUUGUGCCAACUCUGUUGGUAUUUGGCGCCUACCCAAGGAUGACACACAACUCUGCGCCAUCGCCAACGCUACAACAACGCGCCCAGGCGAUCAAGAAAGCCACAGACGCCGUCCGCAGGCUCCAUGCUGAACGCAAGGUCCGGGAGGCCCGCACCACACGCAAUGGUCCGGACACCUUACGCACCACGACCCUUCCACUGCAGUCACGUGUGAGAGUGUGGCGCGAGAAAAGCCGCCGAUGGGAAGGACCUUUCACAUUAAUCGGUGUCCACGACGAAGACUGCAUCGUGGAAACAAGCCGCGGCGCACAGAAGUUCCGCUCUACGGUGGUCAAGCCGUACUACGAGGACCCUGCUCAACAGGACGACCCUGCGAACCAGAAAGACACCGCAGAGAAACCAGCACCUGAAGUUCCGGACUCUCAACCAAGGAGCACGACCCCUCCUGGAAACGCCAUCGAAGAAGAGCCAAUCCUCGAUUCGAUAAUUGUGGCCACUCAUGCGCCCUUCCCUGGGGACGAAGACGAACUCCCAGACGACGGACCGCACAGGAACACUCGACCACGCAGAACCCACUUCGCCCACGCAUUCCUCCAGGAGAGCGAUGUUCGAGAGGACGAAAUCUUCGAGAUUUUCUUGUCAACGAAGGAACAAGCAGACGCCGCACUCGCAGUCCAGUUGCGCGCCGAUGGCAAGGUCACUACACCCGGGGAACCUUUUGAGGAGUCUUCUAAACAAGAGAUCGAGAGCCUUAUUACCCGAGGCGUCUUCGAAUUUGUCAAAUACGACGAGGACUUACACGGCGACGCAGAGAUCUUUAAGUCAAGGAUCGUAAACGAAAUUAAGGGCAAGACAACGGACAAGCCCUAUGAGAAAUCGAGGCUUGUGGUCCAAGGCUUCGGAGACGCAGGAAAGGAAGCCAUCCUCACGCAGUCGCCAACAAUCCAACGCGCAAGCCAACGCCUGAUCCUCGCCAUCGCGCCGUCACUUCAGAGACAGGGUUGUCUCCUUUGGCUGCGCGAUAUUACGCAAGCCUACGUGCAGUCGGAAAAGGCACUCCAGCGCAAGAUUUUGGCAUUUUUGCCCCAACAGAUCAGGCACUUAUACCCCGAGGGAACCGUGAUGCGCGUGAUCAAGCCGUUGUACGGGCUGGCAGAGGCAGGAACCUAUUGGUGGGUCACAUACCACAACCACCAUUUGAAGAGGCUCCAGAUGGCAACCUCUACGUACGACCCCUGCCUGUUGAUCUCCUCCCCCGAGAACCCGGAAUUUGCCUGCGUGGGGAUGCAAACAGACGAUACUCUGGGUCUGUCAACAGAGGCGUUCUCACAACGCGAGAACGAUCAACUGAAGGAGGCGUCAUUCAGCGCCAAAGACAAGCAAUUUCUCACCACCGCGGAACCCCUGGUUUUCAACGGCGGCAUCGUUACACUCAACAAAAACGGUUCAAUCACCCUGCGGCAGAAGGGUCAAGCCCAGAAGCUGCAAUUGAUCGACGCCAACGCGCCAGACGCCAAACAACAGUACGUUCAGCAACGGGCUCGCGGCGCGUACAUCGCUUCAAUUUGCCAACCCGAGGCCUGCUUUGAUCUCUCCAGCGCAGCCCAACACCAAGAACCGACCCCUGACGAUAUCAAGACUCUUAACCGAAGGAUCCAGUGGCAGAUGGACUCACAGGACAGGGGACUCACGUUCUUACCCCUGAACCUGGAGACUGCAAGACUGUACGUCUUCGUUGACGGCUCUUUUGCCAACAACAGAGAUUUCACCUCCCAGCUCGGGUUUGCGAUCAUCCUGGCCAACGAAGACGAGAUCAACGAUCGCCACGAGUUCUCCAUUACAGGGAACCUCAUCCACUUCAGCAGCACCAAGAGCAAGAGGGUUACCCGCAGCGUCCUAGCUUCCGAGGUUUACGGAAUGGUGGCCGGCGUGGAUAUGGCUUACGCCCUGGCUUCAACAUUACGCCAGAUCACUGCCCACCUGAACCUUCCUGCCAUCCCAACCAUCGUCUGUACAGAUUCUUACUCACUGUACGAAUGUCUUGUGAAACUCGGGACUACGAAGGAAAAGCGGUUGAUGAUCGAUAUCAUGGCACUGCGCCAGUCCUACGAGCGCAGAGAACUCCAGGAAGUGAGGUGGAUCAAUGGAGAGGACAAUCUGGCGGACUCCUUCACAAAAACAACGCCGAAUCGUGCCCUGGAGCGGUUUGUUGACUGCAAUAGUGCAACU